GUCCAACGCUCCAAAUCUCAUUGUGUAGUCCUAACUCUUUUGUUUCUCAUUUCGUUGAGUCGAAACAGCAGCUCCGCCGUUGGUCCAUCGCCGCCUCCUCCUCGCGCCACCGCCCUUGGGUGACGACGGAAAAGACGCAGAAUUGGUCCUCCGUGGAAUAGUCUCCGUUUCCCCGUUUUGGAAUAAUUUCCAUCACUUCUCGUUGCUUUUGUUUUGUUCGAGGUUGGGAGGAGAAAAUGAAGCAAGUUGUAGGAAUGGUGGUUUCCAAUAAGAUGCAGAAAUCAGUUGUGGUGGCAGUGGAUAGACUUUUCUACCACAAAUUGUAUGAUCGUUAUGUCAAGCGCACCUCUAAAUUCAUGGCUCACGAUGAGAACAACCUCUGUAACAUUGGUGACAAAGUUCGACUGGAUCCUUCUAGGCCUUUGAGCAAGCAUAAACACUGGGUUGUUGCUGAAAUUCUUAAGAAGGCACAGAUAUACGUUCCACUGUCCACGCCAGCAUCUGAUAAUGUGAACUCCAGCUCUGUAGCACCAGCUUCAUAAAUUGGCUCAAGUUUGUCAUACACUUAGCCUCUGAUUCCAGCCAUCCUUCAAAUCCAUGGGGCUAUACAAACUCAUGAGAGAUAUUUUUGGGGGGCAUUUUCCCUUCCCUGUGCUCUCUUCUCCCCUACUCCAACAAUAGAGAAGUUCUGACACACGAGUUAUGUGUAUAGUUGUUUUUUUGUUUUCUCCAUGCUAUGUUGGUGAAUAUCUGUAUCCUCCAAUGGUAAUGUCAUCACCAUGUUUGAGUGUAAAGCAAGCCAGUGGUAUGCCAUUGUUGAGGAAAUAGAUGCAAGAGUGGCUGCGUGUAGAGAAGUCGCAGGAAGCUUUCUGCUUACUCAAUGAAUUUGCAUAGUGCAGAUAGGAAUAAAGAAUAUUACCUACUUAGCUGGACAAACUAUGCCUGCUCUUUUAAAAAGCUUGGCUUUACAUAAGGCCAUUCAUUUCUUAAUAUUCUCUACAUUCGAUUGAAGACUGUCCUUGAAACUCUCCCUCACAGUAGAGGGAGUCUCAGAUAUUUUCCAAGAUUAUUAACAAUUCUGAUUGGAGAAAUAUUGGUGAAAUUAUCUCUUCUUCUCCUUGUGACAGUAGGUGAGCACAAAGCCAUAGAUUUCUAAAAAUUAUCUUUUAAGUCAGAAACUUCACAGAAUUCCUAUUAUAUGACAAGCUGAAUCAGCGCAUUUAUAGUCAUUAGCCUUAAAAAAGAGAAGGACAUCAUCACGGAAGUGAGAGAUUCGAAGACCUCGUACAACAUGAAAAGGCAGCCACUGCCAACUUUUUGCUUGAUCAGGAUGAGGACUUUAAUUUUCUUUUUCAUCUUUUAUAAAAUUAAUAAAAUAUGAGAAAAGAAAGGGUCUUGCUAAUCAAUUUCCUUUAGGAAUUAAAGGAGAAUGUAUUUAAUGUAUAAAUCAUAGAAGAGCAUAAGAAAAUUAUGAAAAAUGCAAUUUUACGCAUCUCAAUAAAAAACUUUUUACUCUUAAUUUCUUAA